ACACAGAGCGGUGAGUCUCGUCAGUAGUCCGACAAGCGUCGACUCGCGAGCCUCGUUCUUCCGUUCGGUCGACACGUGCGCGUCAAAUUUUAUACAUCAGCUUAUCCUCGCUUCUGCUCUCUCCACACACACACGCACACACACACACACCGUACACACCGGCUCUUUCCUUCGAGUCAGCGGAUCUUGUGUGUUCUCUAGCAGCAGAUUUGCACACCGGCGGCGACUCUUCUCUCUCGUUCGAGGACUCGCGGCGUCCAGAGAGCGAGCAGCGGUAAUCCAGCGGCAGAAGAGAGAGGGAAAGCAGCAGCAGCAGCGUUUACGAAAAGGUCCAGAGAAGAAGCGAAGCGAGUCGGUUUCUGGCAGAGCGACGAAGAUAAUCACCGAAGGAAGGGAGAGCAGAGCGAGAGAGAGAGAUAGUAGCGGCGACGCGGAAGUGUUGAGCAGCAGCAGCGGCAUAGUCGAGCGAGGCGCGCGCCACGAUGCAGAGCAACGGCACGGAACACUCCGAGAACGGAGUCGAUAAGACGGGCUGGACGAUCGGCCUGAUAAACGGCAAGUUCAAGUACCUGACGGCCGAGACCUUCGGCUUCAAGAUCAACGCCAACGGCGCCAGCCUGAAGAAGAAGCAGCUCUGGACACUCGAGGGUAACGAGCACCAGGUCUACCUCCGCUCGCAUCUCGACCGUUACCUCGCCGUCGACCAGUUCGGCAACGUCACCUGCGAGGCCGAGGACCCCAGCGAUCCCGGCUGUGCUUUCCAGAUUCAGCUUGCCUGUGACGGAAGCGGAAGAUGGGCGUUGAAGAACGUGCAGAGGGGCUACUUUCUAGGCUCGAGCCAGGACGAGCUCAAGUGCACGGCAAAGGCUCCCGGCGAGUCCGAGUACUGGCUCGUGCAUCUCGCUGCCAGACCUCAGGUGAACCUCCGUUCUGCCGGUCGCAAGCGCUUCGCCCAUCUGAGCGCCUCCCAGGACGAGAUCCACGUGGACGCCCCCGUACCCUGGGGCGAGGACACCCUCUUCACCUUGGAGUUCCGUGGACCAAGCGAGCACGUGGACGCUCGCGGUAAGCCCGAGGGUGGACACUACGCUUUGCAUACCUGCAACAACAAGUACCUGGCGCGUGACGGCAAGCUCCUCGAGACCUGCACCCGGGACUGCCUCUAUGCCGCUGAGUUCCAUGCUGGGCUUCUCGCGUUGAGGGACAUAAGCGGCGGCUACCUGGCGCCGAUCGGCAGCAAAGCCGUGCUCAAGUCGCGCUCCACCACCGUGACGCGCGAUGAGCUCUUCUCGCUCGAGGACUCGCUGCCCCAGGCCUCCUUCGUCGCGGCCCUCAACCAGCGCUACGUCUCCGUCAAGCAAGGUGUCGACGUAACGGCCAACCAGGACGAGAUCUCCGGACACGAGACCUUCCAGCUCGAGUUCGAUCGCACAACGAAGCGCUGGUACGUGCGCACGAUGCAGGACCGCUACUGGAGUUUGGAGUCUGGCGGCGGCAUCCAAGCUUCGGAGCACAAGCGUUCCUCCAACGGACUCUUCGAUCUGCUCUGGCAACCGGAGGACGGAACUGUCGCGCUUCGCGCCAACAACGGCAAGUACCUGGCGACCAAGCGCUCGGGACACCUGUACGCCAAUGCAGAUAACGUCAACGUCGAGAACGACGCGUGCAAGUACUACUUCUACCUAAUGAACCGACCCGUAUUGGUGCUGCGCUGCGAGCAGGGCUUCGUUGGACCCAAGAGCGCGGCCAGCCCCAAGCUCGAGUGCAACAAGGCUGGCUACGAGACCAUCCGCGUGGAGAGAUGCGAACGCGGCGUCGUCAGGUUCAAGGGUCAAAACGGCAAGUACUGGCACGCCGACAGCGAGGGAGUCACCGUGGACUCGGACGUCCCGGCUUGCGGUUUUUAUCUGGAGCUUCGCGAGCCCUCGCGGCUCUGCAUUAAGGCUACGGACGGCCGGUACCUGAGCGCCGGCAAGAACGGCGCGCUGCGCCUCGGCGAAACCGACUACGCCUCCGCCACCAAGUGGGAAUUCUAAGUGUUCUCCUUCUGCUCUCUCAUCACUUCUUCAACCGCCUCCCACUGCAUCCCCUUUCGCUUAGACCUUUCUCGCGACGCUCCAAGGAGAAAGAACAGGACGCCAGUAUCUAUACACAUCGGUCGAGUCGUCGCGGCGAAAUCGAAGUGGAGAGAAGCGAGAGGAAGAACGGCUAUACGAGCGAACUUAUUUAUACACACAAAGCGCAGCAGCAGCAGCAGCAAAGUAUAAAUGUGUAUGUGGCAGUACGUGCCGUCGGUCUUUUUUUAUUUUUUUUUAACGCGCGCAUGUGCAAUUUGGUAUUCCGCGCGGCCCCGAGGCACACGUUUGCAUAGCGCCUUUGUAUCGAGGGUGAAAAGGAAAUUUGGAUGUCCAUUGCACGUCGCGUCUAUUAUAAUGUGAAACGUAUACAAGUGACGCGUUCGUCUAGCCCUCCUUGGUCAUGUCGUUCAAAGUCAUUCAAGCGUGCAGCCUCGAGUAUACACUUGGAUUUUUGUACUCUCUAUUAACGCUGAGGUCGCAUAAAGGGAUAUAAACUGUCUCUCAUUUCUCUCGGUCGACGCUGAUCGCAGACGAAAUGCAGAGAAAGAGAGGAAACAAAUAUAUAUAUAUAUAAACUUGCUUCUCGCAGAACUUUAACUUUAAAGAAUGAUGAUGAUGAUGAGCCAAACUCGCGGCGUCGCAUAUGUGUACAUAAAUAUAUAUGCCCGCGGGAGCCAACUUCGAAUCAAUCCAUUCCAAUUCGAUACCUUUUUAUAUAUAUAUAUAUAUAUACAUAUUUAUAUAUACACGUGCACUUUUAUACCAAAUAGACGUUAUUUAAGAGCGAGUCAGCUUUCAAAAAAUGUGUUAGAAUAUGAAGAGGGAUGAUAAUAUAACGACGUCGAAAGAGAAACAGAAUAACGCAUAUGUUCUUUUAGAGUCGAGGUGCAGUUCAGUCGUCGGGGACGAACUACCCAUACCUAAGUGACACAUCGUCAGUCGGGCGACUGGACCGCGCAAAGUUUUUACGCGCCGAUCAUUGCACUUUUUAUAAUGGUCGUUUAUAUACAAGGAACUUGUCUUUUGUGUAAAUAUAUACUCCUGUACUUAACCUCUACCAUUUUCUACUAAUUUUUGGCUAAGUGAAAAUUUCGUACUAACUUCUUUUGUUUUCUUAUUUUAUAUAUAAAGUAUAAUUAUACAUUAGUGCGUGUAACGAAGGCAGAUCGCAGAAGCUUUUUGUUUUAGUAAAAGAAAACAGUGCAGUAGAUUUAACGGUAAGCAAAAUAUUUUAUUUCUAGCGUCAUUCGUUUUGGUAUUGGGAGAUGAUACUCUGUAAUCUCGCGCAAUUGUCUUACAUACGUGUGUGUCUACAAAGGACGUCAAGUAUUCUACGCAUGAACAAAACGAUAAAAAAAAUGAAUAACACGACGUAUCGAAAAGUAAUAAACGGUUUUUAUGGAA